CCAAUAUUGGUUUUACUCCUACUUUCAUUUUUUCUGAUGUCUGCGAUUCAUGAAAACAAACUUGUAGCAAUAAUCACUGGUGGAAAUUCAGGAGUUGGUCUUACAACAGCAGAGAGGCUUCUAGAUUUGCAUGAUGGUCAAGGAAUUGAAAUUUGUUUGGUCUGCCGAAAUAAGUCCAGAGCAGAGUCUGCUCAAAAUUCUCUUCUUAAAUAUAAACCAAAUGCUACAGUGGACAUUGUCCUAAUAGACACUAGCAGCAUUGCCUCUGUUAUAAAAGGAGCCAAAGAACUUCGUUUAAAGUAUAAACAUAUCGACCUUCUAUACCUCAAUGCAGGAGCCAUCUUUGUUAGGCGAGGCAUCAACUGGUCUCACAUGAUGAAUGAAAUCUUUGACAGUGAUACCCCAGGACAGAAGAUUCUCCACAUGUUCACUACAGGGGAGGGGUUAUUAUUACAGACAGACAGAAUCACACAGGAAGGACUGCAACAAGUCUUUGCCACAAAUCUGUUCGGCCAUUUUGUUUUAGUGCAAGAACUGAAACCUCUUCUUGGCCACAAAUCACCAUCACAAGUAAUAUGGACCUCAUCCAGGGCUAGUAUAAAGUCUUCCUUUAACAUCAGUGACAUUCAACACAAAAAAGGACAAGACCCUUAUGGCUCUUCCAAGUUUGGAAUAGAUGUAAUGAGUGUGGCUCUGAACUCAAGACUUAAUAAUCAGAAAGUCUACUCCCAUACCUGCUGUCCUGGCCUCGUACUGACUAACUUAACCAAUGAGAUUUUCCCCAUGUGGAUCUGGUAUAUUCUGCUUCCUUUCUUUUUACUCAUGAGAAUCUUUGUAGCUAACUUUAACAUGACACCAUACAAUGGUUCAGAGUCUUUGGUUUGGAUAUCUCAACAGGAACCAGAGAAGCUCGAUCCAAUGACGAGAUAUGAGAGCAAUACCUCCUUCUUAGGAAAAAGAUAUGUGACAUCAAGAAAGCUUCCCAUUGAAACAACUACUUGUGACCAGUUGUUUGAGAAGUGUGAAUCCAUGUACAAAAUGUUCAAAGAUGGGCAACCAUUGGAUGACUAUAAGUCAGAAUCACUGGAAGAUGAAGAGUCCGAAGAAGAAUCAAAGACGAGAGCUUUCAACUGCUCAAGAAGUGCCAAUAAACUUGGAGUUGGUAUUGUUAAAGAUGGAGUUGUCUUAUCUAAUCCACGACAUACCUACAUAACUCCACCAGGUCAAGGGUUUUUACCAAAAGAUACAGCUAAACAUCACAGAGAGCAUGCACUCGAUGUGUUACAGAAAGCUUUAGAUGAAGCAAACAUUUCUCCAGAACAAAUUGAUGUUAUUGCAUAUACAAAAGGUCCAGGAAUGGGAGCACCAUUGGUUUCCACUGCUAUUGUUGCUAGGACUGUGGCACAGCUUUGGAGAAAACCGAUUAUUGCAGUAAAUCAUUGCAUUGGACUGUAUAAGAAUUACAAUUGUAUUGUCCUUGACCCUGAUGCAGACAUAGAAAUGGGCCGUUUAGUCACUGGAGCCGUUAAUCCAACCGUCCUUUAUGUGAGUGGAGGAAAUACACAGGUGAUUGCUUAUUCCCAGAGAAGAUAUCGCAUAUUUGGGGAAACUAUAGAUAUUGCAGUUGGAAAUUGUCUUGAUAGAUUUGCAAGGGUUUUAAAGCUGUCAAAUGACCCAAGUCCUGGUUAUAAUAUAGAACAACUGGCAAAAAAAGGAAAGAAAUUCUUAGAACUACCUUAUGUUGUUAAAGGAAUGGAUGUUUCUUUCUCAGGGUUACUCUCCUUUAUAGAGGAGAGAGCACCACAGCUGUUGGACAAGGGAGACUACUCUCCAGAAGACCUCUGCUUUUCUCUACAAGAGACUGUGUUUGCCAUGUUGAUAGAAAUUACAGAGCGUGCCAUGGCUCAUUGUGGAUCUGAAGAAGUUCUCAUUGUUGGAGGUGUUGGCUGUAACAAGCGACUACAGGCCAUGAUGGAAGUCAUGGCUAAAGAGAGAGGUGCCAAGCUUUAUGCUACAGAUGAAAGGUUCUGCAUUGAUAAUGGCGCCAUGAUUGCCCAAGCAGGAUGGGAAAUGUUUUGUUCAGGACAGACAACUCCACUCAAGGAGACAUCUUGCACACAAAGUUCACUGUGUAUCAUUAAUGAAGAGCACAAAUGGUGUGAAAUGAAGAACCUUUUAGUUAAAAAAAAUAUGGACCUUAAGCACAUUAAGAGACUUGAGGAGGAACAACAAUUUGCGCUCUUUGAAACUGACAGAAAAAUUAAACAAUGGGAAACAUUCAGAUCAGACUAUGAAGCACUAAAGAAACGACUGACAACAUUGCCAGAUAAGACUAAACAUGAUGUCAUGGUACCAUUUGGGCCUUUGGCUUUUAUGCCUGGGCAACUGAUUCAUACAAAUGAGAUACUUGUGUUGCUAGGAGACAACUGGUUUGCCGAGAGAUCUGCCAAACAGGCAACAGAGAUCAUAGGCAGAAGAAUAAAGACUGUGCAAAAACAAAUAGAUGAUCUUCAGGCCCAGAAACGUCUUCUUGAACCAAGACUUGAGUUUACAAAGAACAUUCCAGGAGGAACAAUGAAUGAAGAUUACUUUGAAAUAACAGAAGAAUAUGAUGCUGAUAAGGAAAAGCUGUGGAGAGAGGAACACAGGAAAAGUAUACAGAGACAAAGAAAGAAAGAGAAAAUAGAGAGAAAAUCUAUGGAGAGAGAGAAAACUCUUACAGAUGAAGAAAUAUGGAAGAGGUUGGAUGAAUUAGAGAAACAGGAAGCCGAACGCCAGGAACUUCCAAGAAUUUCAGGAACAGAAACAGCCGAUGUCGAUUUUUUGAAAAAUUUGAAAGAGGACACAUCAGUAACAUCACUACCACAACAACAAAGAACCAGAAAAGUUCACUUCCGAGAAGAAGAGGAGGAGUCAUCUUCUAUAGUAGAGUCUGAUGAAGAAAGUGAAGUUGGAGACAGUGAUGAUUUUUCAAGUGAUAUUGAAGAAGAGGAAGAGAGUCAACGAAUGAGAAAGACACAGGUCAUCAACUUCUCACAUGCAAAAGUAGAAGAUAGACUAAAACAAGAAGAAACAAGCUCAGAGGAAGAUACUGGUGAAGUAAAAAGCCCUCGGGAUAUUUACAGACUCUACAAGCCAGACCCAAAAUCCAUUCUUAAAAACAGUAGCAGUGAUGUAAAGAGAGUGAAUGUGAAGAAAAAAUCUGACAAACAGCGAGCCCCAUUAACUGGUCCACCCUCUUCAUUGCCAACAGCAUUUUCUGGUGUUGUUGUGGAGAAGAAAGUUCCAGAACCUAUGCCAACAGUUGCAAAGGAGCAGAAAUUUUCUGAAAGUAGUCCACAAAUUGCUGCCCAGUCAGAGGAAAUUCAGAAGCCAGUACGGGUAUCAAAAUUUAAAGCCCAACGUCAAAAUUUAUCAAAAAACUAAUAUGUAAAGACAAAUUA